CUGUGGAAGGAAGAAGCGAGCUGUCUGACGUGGCUGGAUGCUCAGCCACCUGGCUCCGUGCUAUACGUCAAUUUCGGGAGCAUCACGAUGAUGAGAAGAGACCAAGUGAUCGAGUUCUGGGAAGGCCUGACCGGUAGCAAGAACCGGUUUUUGUGGGUCAUCAGGCCCGGUUCGGUUUGUUCAGGAGAGAUGGCUGAUGACGUCCAGAUGCCUGAAGAGUUAGUUGAAGGAGUUGAGAAGGGGAAUUUGAAGGUCCUGGUGGGUUGGGUGCCUCAGGAAGCGGUUCUGGGUCACGAGGCGGUUGGUGGGUUCUUGACCCACAGCGGGUGGAACUCGACCCUGGAGAGCAUUGUGGCUGGCGUUCCGAUGAUCUGCUGGCCGUUUUUUGCGGACCAGCAAGUGAACAGUAGGUUUGUGAGUGAGGUUCUGAAGUUGGGUUUGGAUAUGAAGGAUGUCUGUGACAGAAGGGUCGUGGCGAGGAUGGUGGAGAGGAAGGAAGAGUUUCGGAGGAAGGCUGUGGAGAUGGCGAGAAUGGCGAAGGAGAGUGUCGAGGAAGGUGGAUCGUCGUACAGGAAUUUGGAACUUUUGAUUGAAGAUAUCAAGCUGAUGAGUAGUUCUCAAGUACAGGAGUUGGGGGAAAUUGGGAAUUAA